UGUGCAGCCGUUCCGUUCCAGUUCCACCACCCGCGCCUCAUCCACAACCGAACGGGCGCGACAUGUGCUCGACGUUUUCCCUCUGAGACCACGCGGCCAUGGCGCUCGCCUUCCUCCCGCCCGCGCCCGCAGUCCACCAUCCGCCGCGCCCCCUCAAUCCCCCGCCGCUCGCGUCCGCCACCAACACCGGCUUCUCUUUCCUCUUCCCACCCGCCUCCCGCUGGCCCUCCCUGCAGAGGGCCAGCUCCGCGGCAUCCGGCGGUGGCGCCGGCUCGUCAGAAGCGCCGGCCGACAGCUCGCUCGACGCAGACCUCCUCCGGAGGGUCUCCGGGGCAGAGGACGCGGACCGAGCGCUGGACAUUGUCGCGGAGUCGCUGGGAGGCGGGGCCGGCUCCGGCUCGAAAUCGUCCCUUGACGCGUCCGACUCCAAUGCGAUAGUAGCGGCGGCGCUUGACCGGGGCAACGUCGACCUCGCGCUCUCCGUCUUCGACGCGAUGCGCGCCGGCCUGGCGCGAGUAGGGCGCUGGGGCUGGGCAAGGCCGGACGCGCGGACCUACGCGUUGCUUGUCCAGCGAUUGGCGGCGGCUCUGCGCGUUUCUGAUGCUAUCAGGAUAGUCGACUACGUGUCCCGUGCGGGUGUAUCUUCUGCAGAGGAGGUCCCGUUUGGCAUAACUGUUCGCUGUCCAACCUGCAUGGUGGCAAUUGCUGUCGCACAGCCUCAGCAUGGAACUCAGUUGGAUGCCCUUCAGGUGGUUUCUUGUUCGAAGUGCCGGUACCAAUAUGAACUAUUUUCUGGAGACGUUACAAGCAUCGAGUCAGAAGAAGUGAGCAUGAAUAUUUCAGCUUUUGAGAAGGCCUUGCAAUUUAUAAAUGUGAUGAAAGAUGAUCUUCCAGCUGCCGUUCACUCUAUCGUGAUCCGUACACCCUCAGGAACAGCCCGCACACAUAGAUUUGCUACCAAGACUGUGGAACUGCCUGCUCAAGGAGGAGAAAGAGUGACCAUUUCCUUGGCUGCCCCAGCCAAUGCUUAUCGUCAGAUGGGUCCCCUCAAGAUCGCGGCACGCUCAAAAGGGUUUAGUCCAGGAGAACCCAUGUGCCUCACUAACCAUGUCAGUGGAGAGAUCUCAAAGUUGCUAAGAGUGCCAUCAAAGAAUGUGGGACCAUUGUUUCUUAGUCCUUAUCUAGUUGGCGGUGCUGUUGCUUUGCUUGCUUCUGGAGAUGCUGUUUCUGCAUUCAUUGAUCCAAGCCUCCCUAGACUAAUUACAGCAACUGUCAUUGCAUCGGCUGCUGUUGGGACAACACUAAAUCAAGUGAUCCUGCCAGAGACACGAAAGCUUCCGCAAAAGGCGGUAGACAUAGUUGCUGUACAGCAGAAACUCUUAUCUCAAUAUGACAUGCUUCAAAGUCGUCUUAAGGAUCUGAAACAGCUUGUUGAAAAAGAGGUGUGGAUGCUUGCAAGAAUGUCUCAGUUGGAGAACAAGAUAUUAGCAGUAGGCGAACCAUCAUAUCGUGCUCGACGUGGUAGAGUGAAGAGGGUACGAAAAAGCUUGGAAACUACGCUUUUGGCAAAGAUUGAGCUGAUGGAAAGUUACGCAAAAUUAUGUUCUAUGAUUGAAAUUGAAGUUGAAAUGGACUCUGAUGUUAUCGUUGCUGAAGCAGCAACCGGUGCAGAAAGAAUAUCAGAACAAAUUGAACAGUUGAUGGAGAUUGACAGUCUUGAAGAGCAAUGGCGUAUACAAGCCGAGGCUAAUGAUGAAGCAGAAAGGCUUCUUGGUUCAGAUUCUUCGGAAGCAUUGUCUGCUGAGCGUGUAUGAUGAUAUUUUGGCUGGUCACAGUGACUUGUGAAGACGAUGAUUCUGAUACAGAAGACAAACUGAUUACUAUGUAGAACCAUGUAUCCCCCCCAUAACAUCGAAGUGAAUAUUGCAAAGAACUUGAGAUCUCUAGCAGACACUUGACAGUACAGACCAGGACAAGCUUAUGGAUAGAAACAAGAGAGAAUUCCUUAUUUGACACUCUCUUAAAAUCAUGUUCCUUAUUUGACACUGAAAAAAAUUUCUUCCCUAUAUGACCUAUAGUCUUAAUUUCUUUCCCUAUAUGACACUCUAGUUCAUUUUGUACACGUGAAAAGACCUUUUUGCCCCUGUACAUAAUGUGACCAGAAAUAUGUAGCAUUGAGCCUAAUUAAGGAAAAUUCGUUUAUGAGAGUGAGCACACUCAACA